AUGUGUGUUUCGGUGGCUCCUAUUAGUUCUCAAGCUCAGUCAGGUUGUAAUACAGCUAAGCCUGAUAUUUCAGUUCUCAGUGAAGACUUGUUGGAAGCUUCAGCAAGUCGUCAGGAUAAAGAGGCAUCCCUAGUUAUCACCACAUAUGAAAUUUUCGUACGAACUAUGCCUGUUAAUAAAAGAGUAUUUCAUGUAUCUAUGUUGAAGAAGUUCAUGGGAGACCCGUCUCUAGUUGUUCCUACAGAAAUCAUAGGGGUUAAAGAUAGCCUGUCCUAUGAAGAGAUCCCAUUGGCUAUUAUUGAUCGUCAAAUCCGCAAGUUGAGAACUAAAGAGAGUGCUUCAGUGAAAGUACUAUGGAGAAAUAAGAAAGUGGAAGAGGCUACGUGGGAGGCCGAAGAGGACAUGAAGUCUAGAUAUCCCUAUCUUUUUGAAGAGCAAGCAGAAAAUGUUGAAGGUAACUAA